AGGAAGUGUCUAUAGCUGGAGUGAAGAAGUCUGCUCUCAGUGGAAAUCUCCCCAAAGCAAAAUUCCAUUCCUCGUUUUUCAAAGUACUGUGGGCCAUGAAGGCUGGCCAUCUUCUCUGGGCUUUACUGUUGAUGCACUCUUUGUGCUCUCUACCAACUGACGGGGCCAUUCGAAACUACUACCUGGGCAUCCAUGAUAUGAAGUGGAACUAUGCUCCCAAAGGAAAAAAUGUCAUCACAAAUCAGACUCUGAACAAUGACACAGUGGUUUCCAGCUUCCUAAAGUCUGGGAAAAACAGGAUAGGGAGUAGUUACAAGAAGACUGUCUAUAAGGAAUACAGUGAUGGCACAUAUACUAAUGAAAUAGCCAAGCCUGCCUGGUUGGGCUUCCUAGGACCACUGUUACAGGCUGAGGUGGGGGACGUCAUCCUGAUCCACCUGAAGAAUUUUGCCAGCCGGCCUUAUACCAUUCACCCUCACGGUGUUUUCUAUGAGAAGGACUCAGAAGGCUCAUUAUACCCAGAUGGUUCUUCUGGAUAUCUGAAAGCUGAUGAUUCUGUUCCCCCUGGGGGCAGCCAUGUCUACAACUGGAGUAUUCCAGAAAGUCAUGCACCCACUGAAGCAGACCCAGCAUGCCUCACCUGGAUUUACCACUCUCACAUAGAUGCCCCACGAGACAUUGCAACUGGUCUCAUUGGGCCUCUUAUCACGUGUAAAAGAGGAACCCUGGAUGGUCACUCCCCACCUCAGAGGAAGGAUGUGGACCAUAAUUUCUUCCUCCUCUUCAGUGUGAUAGAUGAAAACCUUAGCUGGCACCUUGAUGACAACAUUGCUACUUACUGCUCAGACCCUGCCUCAGUGGACAAAGAAGAGGGAGCGUUUCAAGAUAGCAACAGGAUGCAUGCAAUCAAUGGGUUUGUCUUUGGAAACUUACCAGAGUUGAGAAUGUGUGCACAGAAGCGUGUGGCCUGGCACUUGUUUGGCAUGGGCAAUGAAAUAGAUGUCCACACAGCUUUCUUCCAUGGACAGAUGCUGAGUAUCCGUGGACACCGCACUGAUGUUGCAAACCUUUUUCCAGCCACCUUUGUGACUGCUGAGAUGGUGCCCCAGAAAUCUGGAACCUGGUUAAUUAGCUGUGAAGUGAACAGCCACUUGAGAAGUGGCAUGCAGGCCUUCUACAAGGUUGACUCUUGUUCCAUGAACCCACCUGUGGACCAGCUCACAGGCAAAGUUCGUCAGUACUUCAUUGAGGCCCAUGAGAUUCAAUGGGACUAUGGUCCAACAGGGUAUGAUGGCAGAACUGGGAAGAGUUUGAGAGAGCCAGGAAGUGGCCCGGAUAAGUACUUUCAGAAGAGCUCUAGUCGAAUUGGAGGUACUUACUGGAAAGUUCGAUAUGAAGCUUUUAAAGAUGAGACAUUCCAGGAAAGGAUACAUCAGGAAGAAGAAACACAUCUUGGAAUACUGGGACCAGUGAUAAGGGCUGAAGUGGGUGACACCAUCCAGGUGGUCUUCUAUAACCGUGCCUCCCAGCCAUUUAGCAUACAGCCCCAUGGCGUCUUUUAUGAGAAAAACUCUGAGGGCACUGUGUACAAUGAUGGCACAUCUCAUCCCAAAGUAGCCAAGUCAUUUGAAAAAGUAACAUACUACUGGACAGUUCCUCCUCAUGCUGGGCCUACUGCUCAGGAUCCUGCCUGUCUAACCUGGAUGUACUUCUCUGCUGCAGAUCCCACAAGAGAUACAAAUUCUGGCCUGGUGGGCCCUCUACUGGUGUGCAAGGCUGGGGCCUUGGGUGCAGAUGGCAAGCAGAAAGGAGUGGAUAAAGAAUUUUUUCUCCUCUUCACUGUGUUUGAUGAGAAUGAGAGCUGGUACAACAAUGCCAAUCAGGCAGCUGGUAUGUUGGAUUCCCGACUGCUCUCAGAGGAUGUCGAGGGCUUCCAAGAUUCCAAUCGAAUGCAUGCUAUUAAUGGAUUUCUAUUCUCUAACCUGCCCAGGCUGGACAUGUGCAAAGGUGAUACUGUGGCCUGGCACCUGCUUGGCCUGGGCACAGAGAAUGACGUACAUGGGGUUAUGUUCGAGGGCAACACUUUACAGCUUCAGGGCAUGAGGAAAGGUGCAGUCAUGCUCUUUCCUCAUACCUUUGUGACAGCCAUCAUGCAGCCUGACAAUCCUGAAAGUGUCCAGUCUAUUGUAGCUGCUCUUGAAAUUGCCAACGCUUAUCAGAAGUCCUUGAUCAUAAUUGUUGAAUAUGUUGAUGCAGGAACUGUAAACACACUGGUUUUAAACAGACUAAAAGUUGGUCUUCUGGUUGUAGCAGUCAAAACUCCAAAGUUUGUGGACAAUAAGAAGAGCCAGCUUACAGAUAUGGCUGUUGCUACUGGUGCUACAGUGUUGGGAGAAGAGGGAUUGAAUCUAAAUCUUGAAGAUGUUAAAGCUCCUGACUUAAGAAAAAUUGGAGAGGUCAUUGUCACCAAAGAUGAUGCUAUGCUUUUGAAAGGAAAAAGUGACAAAGCCCAAAUUGAAAAAUGCAUGCAAGAAAUCACUGGGGAGUUAUACAUCACAACUAGUGAAGUACUUACUUACCAGUGGAACAUCCCAGAAAGAUCUGGUCCUGGUCCUAGUGACUCUGCUUGUGUUUCCUGGAUUUAUUAUUCUGCAGUGGAUCCCAUCAAGGACAUGUAUAGUGGCCUGGUGGGACCCUUAGUCAUCUGCCGAAAUGGUAUCUUGGAACCCAAUGGAGGCCGGAAUGAUAUGGACCGAGAAUUUGCCUUGUUGUUUUUGAUCUUUGAUGAGAACCAAUCUUGGUAUCUGAAGGAGAAUAUUGCAAUAUAUGGACCCCAAGAUGCAACUGAUGUUAACUUGCAGGAUGCAACUUUCCUGGAGAGCAAUAAAAUGCAUGCCAUCAAUGGGAAACUCUAUGCUAACCUCAGGGGUCUUACGGUGUACCAAGGAGAACGAGUAGCCUGGUACAUGCUAGCCAUGGGCCAAGAUACUGACAUUCACACUGUACACUUUCAUGCAGAGAGUUUCCUCUAUCAGAAUGGGCACAGUUACAGGGCAGAUGUGGUGGAUCUCUUCCCAGGAACAUUUGAAGUUGUGGAGAUGGUCGCCAGCAACCCUGGGGCAUGGCUGAUGCACUGCCACGUGACUGACCAUGUUCAUGCUGGCAUGGAGACCAUCUUUACUGUCUUGUCUCAUGAAGAACAUUUCAGUACUAUGACCACCAUUAUUAAAGAGACUGGAAAAGCAGUGACUCUAAAGGACAUUGGAGGAGGCAAUGUGAAGAUGCUGGGCAUGAACAUUCCCAUAAAGGAUGUUGAGAUUCUGUCUUCUGUCUUGAUUGCCAUAUGUGUGGUUCUGUUGAUCAUUGCUUUGGUUCUUGGUGGUGUAGUCUGGUACCAGCAUCGACAAAGAAAGCUUCGGCGCAACAGGAGGUCCAUUCUUGAUGAUAGCUUCAAGCUUCUCUCUCUCAAGCAGUAAUAGCUAAAACCUAAAGAGAUCUUCAGGAAACACAUCUGGGAUGGAUCCCAUGUUCCCAGAAAGCUGUGUACUAGAGGAAAACUCUUUUGUCAAGGGGUUAGGGGUGGUGGAGAGGCAGAGAAUGGAAUCAUAAUUUUCUGGGCAUUUCCUUAUUUAUUUACAUGGAAUUCAUAUGCUGUUUCUUUUCCUUUAAUUUCCAUACAACUUGAGAAUUAGGUAAGUUCCUUUGUAUACAAAUUUCAGCAGCUAGGAUAUGUCACCCUUCAGUACUGCAAAGUAUGGAAAUUCCUAGAAUAUAAUCAUUCUCACAGAAUAGAUGCCAAGAAAAAGUUAUCAAAUUAGGUUUCUAAUUCUGGGACCUAGAUAGACAAGUACACUUUUAAUUGAGCCCAAAUGAUGAGCUGCGAAGGUAACCCAUAAUUAAAGGACAAAGAACAUAAGCAUGAUGCAAAAUGAGAGGUAGGGUGGGUAGUAGGAUUCCAAAUUUUACCUUAAUUGUCUUUGACAAUAGGAGAAAUGAAUGAAUGGACUGUGGUAGUCAUGAGUACCUACAACCUCUGGAACCAGAAGCACCUGUAAAACAGUCCUUCAUGUUUUUACACAGUGGUACUGAAGAAAAUUUUGAGUGUCUUCUCUAUGUUUGAAAUAGCAAAUCAUAUUCAUUAAAGUACUUAUUAAAAGGUUGGAAUACUGAA